AUGGUGAGCGCUUACGAGGGGAAGGAUCACGUCCUGUGCAGCGCCGAUCGGGAAGCGUGUCUCAGCGUGUGGAAGCUGGAGGAUGGUGUUUGCUUACGUACCAGCAAUGAGUGCUUGUCCUGGGUGCCCCAGAGUAUGAAGACAGUCUCCUGUAAGGGUAAGACGCUAAUAGCAGCUUGUGGCCCGAGCCCCGACAUUGAAGUUUACGACGUUGUCCAAAUGAAGCGAAUAGUCAGGCUUUUCGGUCAUGGAGACUGGGUAUGCGACAUCUGCACGAGGAACUCAGACCUCAUGGCGGAGCAGCUCGUUCAAAGCCCUUCGGAGCCCAGCCUGUACUCGUUGGACAGGGGAGGUACAGUCUGUGUGUGGCUGGCAGAUCGGAGCUGCUCGACCAACGUGGUGGGAUGGAUUCCUUCAGUUCAAGUUCAUCGGACACCUGUGUCUUUGCCUUCUUCUCUCGCUGUUGACUCUCUCUGCUCCUCUCUGAUAGUGGUCGGAGCUUCGACCUGUGCAAGAUACAUGUUGGGGAAGGACCAUCGCUUUGCCGAGAAGAAUGCGAAACCGACUGUCGUUCAAUUAGAUCUUUCAGGUGCUACGGAGAGCUCAACUCGGCAGGUUGUUUAUGCUCAAUCUAUCUCGAAGUGUGCUGAAGCUUUCUUCCUGCAGAACGAGUUCCUUUCGGAGAUGAUGAACCGACAGAAAAUGCGAGGGUGGUUUGAUUCCCGGGUGGCCUUGUCUCCACGAGGAGAUCGAGCCGUCAUCUGGAAGCCUGGAGUUGGUUUCACGCUCGUCAGGUUUUCUGAUCAUGUUCCUUCGGAGUCGGAGGUCUCGCUGAGCAGUGUUUCUGUUCCUCUACGAGAGCAAGCCUUCUACGAUGUCUCGGCCUUCGGGGCUGAUGAUGGCGGGUGGAUGUGUCUUGCUAAAUUCGAUUCUUCGGGAAAGAGCGAGCUUCUUGUCCUCAGCCCAGACGAGUCGAAGUUUGCUCCUCCACCACCAGCCACGAUGUCUCUUGCUGCCGCCCUAAGGCAGCGCCAUGCUAACGCUCAGGCAGAGGGUGACAACAAUAACGCAGAGCAGGGGAAUGAAGAUUCUGUCCUAGUGCCUGAGGUUCAGCCGAAGCAAGAGGACGGAGAAGGUAAAAAUGGAUGCGUCGCAGAGGGAUGGGAAGAGAUGUUCCGAGGGGUGCUCUCCUCUGCUUUCUAUGAACCUCGGGGAGCAUCAGGAGACUGCACUUGCUCGCUGUUCCACGUUGAGGGAGCGAGAAACUUGCACAGCCUGACGCACGACACCGAGCCACCAUGGUUCGAUCCUCGAGGGCGACGAACUGUCAGACCCAACAGGCCGCGGAAUCGCAUGCACAAGACAGAGAUGUUCUGGGCUCUCGGCUACACGCGAGGAGAUAUCCUCAUCUUCAACGUGCCCACUGGCUCAGUCGCUCACUCUCUAUGCGGCCACAAGGCUGCUGUCCUGUCCAUGAUGUGGAUCUCUGGAGAGAGUCUGCUGGUGUCGGGGUCGCAGGACGGCUGCGUCAUGCUCUGGGACCUGGACAAGGGCGUCUUGAAGGGCUCUCUGCAGCAGCAUGUGGGCCCGGUCACCAGGAUUGUUGAGCUCGGAACAGGAGCCGACUCGUAUCUCCGACACGCGUUCACCUUCUGUACUCUCUCUCUCGACCACACGGUAGGGAUCAUCGCGCCUCCUGCCGAGCUUCCUGCCGACCAGGUCGAGAAAUCGAAAUCUCCGAGCUCGUGCAAGCUCCUCUUCCGCCUCAUCGGACAUUCUUCCCCCGUGGUAGACGUGCGCUGGGCUCCGCGUCACAGCUACCUCUACGCUGUCUGCGAGGAAGGCGACAUGCUUGUGUGGGAGAUGCAGGCAGGGAGUGCGCGAUGUAUCAGGAGAGUCUCCUCCCUCGAGGUCCCCACGAUGCUGAACGCUCUCGCGCGGCCGAGCAGGGGAAGUCCGAUCAUCCACGACGACAUGGACAAGAGCUCCAAGUCCAGCCAAGAAGCAGAGAAGAAGGCGGGGGAGGUGAAGAAGCCGGAUGCUCAGCAGGAGUCUUGGCUGGAGGACCAUGACCAGGUCCACUUCGUGGCUCCGAUAGAGGCAAGGAGCCUUCAGCUGCAUCACGCCGGGGCGACAGGAAGAGACUCAGUCGACUUCCUCGGAGUCUUGCUGCUCCGCUGCGACGCCAUCGCGCUGUCGCUCCAGCAGCUGCAGGAGAGCGGGAGCGAGCGGAGAAAAGAGGUCAGCGACAGUCCGGCUGGGGUGAUGAGGAGAUCGAUCUCCGAGAACUCCUUCGACGUUGAGGAGACUUCAGUGAGGUCUCCGUCACUCAGCAGCAAGGCAGGGAGGGCUGGCCAGCUGCAGGAGGAUCGGGAGCUCGAGCAGCAGGGCAGAACUUCUGUUCCCUCUCCUGUGUCCUCUGAGGCCUCCUCGAGCCAGCGCUCGGACGCCAGCACUCCUCGCAAGAUGGUAUGGGAGCUGAUGGGUUCAGAUCACUCCCUCCUCGCCUCCGCCACAGCCAUUGCCAUGACCAACUUCACACCUUCGUCAGUAGCUCCGCACCGCGAAAUCCUUUCCUCCUCCUCCUCCUCCUCCUCCUCUUGGAGUCAGAGGAGCAACAGCUCGCUCUCCUGUCGCGUCAGCGGAGCGCUGCGCUCCCUUGGCUUUCCUUCCAUGAUGGAAGAGAUUGCCGAAGCCUCUUCCCCUCAGCAUGCACAGAGGCCAGCAGGUUCACAGCCUCCUCCGAGCCUGCAGUGCUCGUACGUCAUGGUAGGGGCGGGUCAGAGCGUCACCUGUUACUCUCCUCGCCUCUCCUCCGACUGUUUGAUCUGUGGCGUCUCUCCACAAGUGAGCGAAACGGCGACCAUGAGCGCUGCUGUCCUUAUCGACGCCUGCCGCUCCAACUCCCAGCAGAGCGGAGCAGGAGGAGUGGAGAUCUUUUCUGCGCUCCUGCAUUUCCUAGCAAAGGAAAUGGCUCCUCGUCUGCAGAGAUUCAUCGAGCCGGACGUGAUCGCUCUUGCACACUACUGGCUGUCUGCAUCAGAACCUGCAAGACAGGCGAUAGUCAGAGAGUGGACCUCGAAACUUCCUCCUCCCUCGUCCAACGAGUCGCUGCGACCUGAGAUUGGAAUCGCCCGGAGUGCCAAACUCCCGUCGUCUCCAGGGGGAGUCCAGCAGCUGGGCUUUAGCCCCAGCGAUGGCCCCGCGAUCGUGGUGCUGGCAGUGAUCGGAGCUCACUUCCAGGAGAGUCUUGACGACACAACAGCCGCAAGAGUGACAGACGGGCUGAUCCGCGCCCUCUCCUCCUCGAACCUCCUGCACGCCAAGGUCGCAUCUCAUCUCUUAGCUCGAGGAGCGCAGCUCUGGUGCAGGCAUAUUCGAGACGGAGAGAGUCUUCUGCGGAUCUUGUAUGCUCGGUAUUGGAAGCAUCAAGACUUCAAGAUCAGUCUAGCCGAUGCUGAGCUGGCUCUCCGUCAACCUCGGCACUCAAGGAGAUCGUACGAAGAUUCCCCCAAGCCGCUUUUCAUCAGCGCCGUCGCUUUCGAUGCGGCUGGUCAGCGGCUGGCGACUUUCAGCCUCCAAGAGGGAAGGAUCCGCUACUGGGAGGUACGGGACGAGGAGGAGGACGAGGACGAGGACGAGGACGAGGAGGAGUGGGAAGGGGGAGGGGGGCAAGGAAACUCGGGUCCCUUCGGUCUCUUCUCAAACAAAGUUAGCAGAUGCGUCCAGCAGUUCAACGUGCCCCCGGUCUUUACGCAAGAAUCUUCGGAGAAGGGGGAGGUUCUCACCAUGGCCUUCCGCGUCCUCUUCACUCCUAAUGCAAUCGUCCUUACAAGAGACUCGGUUCCCCUCUGCGAGUUUUCCAUCAGCAAGUGA